AUGGCCUGGCUCUUCAAGGGUUCGUCGGGCGGCGCGGGCCUGAGCCUCCACGACGUCAAGGAGCCCGUCUUCAAGAAGGAGCCCGUGGACUCGGGCCUCGCGUCGGCGUCCUUCUCCCUCUUCGCCGGGGCGCGGCGCGCCGACGGCGAGGGCGUGUCCGUCUUCCGCCUCGAGCGGUCCAAGGGCGACGAGGGCUCGACCAAGGUCCAGAGCGCGCUCAAGUGCGUCAAGCUCGCGAAGACGCUGCGCCACCCGCACGUGCUCCCGUUCCACGAGGGCGAGGCGGCCGAGGCCGGCGGCGGCGAGGUCUCCGUCGUCACCGACGAGGUCCUGCCGCUCGAGGAGUGGCUCAAGGUGAACGGCGGCGGCGACCCGCGGACCCUGGCCUGGGGCGCCUACUGCGCGCUCCAGGCGCUGGGCUUCCUCCACCAGAGCGGCCGCGCGCACGGCGGCGUGUCGCCGGACGCGUUCUUCGUGACGAACGGCGGCGACUGGAAGCUCUGGGGCUUCGAGCUGAGCUGCAAGGUCGUGCCCGGGUCCGGCGACGACGACGCCCUGGGCUUCUUCCGGGCCCACGAGCACCUCGUCGACGCGCGGUACCGGUCGCCCGAGCGCCGAUCGCGCGACUGGGAGCUCGUCGCCGGCGGCAAGACGGGCGCCGUCGAUGUCUACGGCUUGGCGCGGGUGCUCGAGGACGCCUACGGGGACCGCGUGCCGCGGGAGCUCGCCGUGUGGAUCCGGCGCAUGGUCAACGACGACCCGGUGAGGCGGCCGUCGGCGGACUCGGUGCUCCGGGGCUGCCCGCUCUUCCGCCAGCCGCUCAUGAAGGAGAUGCAGGCGCUGCAGGACCUGCAGGCGUCGUCGCUGGAGGACCAGGUCGGCUUCUACCGGCGCCUCGACGCGGCGACGAGCCGCCUGACGCCCGACGGGCUGCCGUGCAAGGGCGCGCUCGACGAGACGCUGUGGCGCGGCGCGUGCGUCCACAAGCUGCUCCCGCGGCUCCUGGCGACGCUGGACAUCGCCCUGGCGGGGUCGUCGGAGCCCGACGCCGCCGCGAAGCGCCGCGCCGUCGUGUCCUGCGCGCUGCCGCUCCUCGUGCAGAUCGUCGACAUGCUGAAGGUCGGGGGCGAGGCGCCGCCGCCCGCCGACGGCGCGGCCAAGUACGCCGCGGCGGCGGAGCAGCGCGUCGUCGCGAAGAUCGUCACGGCGCUCGAGACCGUGCUCGUCAUCCGCGACCCGGCCGUGCGCCUCGAGGCUUUGAAGCGCGCGGACGCGCUCGCGCCGCUCCUGUCCGCGGACUACAUCAACCGCAAGCUCUUCGACGCGCUGCUGCUGGGCUUCGGCGACGCCAACGACGACGCGCGGCUGCUGACGCUCAUGGCCAUGCUCGCCAUCGCGCCGCGGCUCAACGAGAAGAACCGCACGGACCGCCUGCUCCGCGUCGUCAAGCGCCUCGAGAACGACAAGGCCGCGAAGAUCCGGACGAACGUCAUCAUCUUCUACGGCCGCCUCGCGCCGGAGCUCUCGGAGCAGCUCCGGCACAAGGUCGUGCUCCCCGCCUUCGUCAAGGCCCUCGACGACAAGAUCCCCUUCAUCCGCCUCGCGGCGGUCCGCGCGCUCGGCGCGACGCGCGACGUCUUCAACGCGCAGAUCGGCGCGCGCUUGAUCGCGCCGAAGCUCGUGCCGCUGGCCGUGGACGUCAACGGCCACGUCCGCGACGCGGCGAUCCCCUGCCUCGAGGCCUACCUGUCGGAGGUGCGCAAGGAGGCGGAGCGCAUGACGAAGGAGGACGCGGCGCGGGAACAGCAGGCCGCGGAGAAGCGCGUCGCCGAGGUCGAGGCGGCGAAGCACGCGCCGCCGCCGCCGGCCGCGGCCGCCGCGCCCGCGGCGGCCGAGGCGGCCGCGCCCGCGGCGCCGGCCGACGACGGCGGCGGCUGGGCGUCGUGGGCCGUCGGCAAGGUCGGCGCGGGCCUCGGGGCCGGCGCCGCCGCCGUCGGCAAGGGCGUCGCGACGGCCGCGACGGCCGCCAAGGCCGCGCUCGAGCGGAAGCAGAAGAUGGCCGCGGAGAAGGAGGCGAAGAAGGCGAACAUGUUCGGGCCGAAGCCCGUCGCCUCGAAGCUCCCGAACGACGACUCCAUGUGGGACGACUUUUGA